UGAAAGAGCCAGUAAUCAUUAUUCAGUCGCUUAUAAAAGGCUGAAAGUGUCAGUUAAAGUAUCGAAAGAUUUGCUAUUCUAUUAUAUUUUUUAAAUACUGAAAUGGUAGAGCGUUUCGUUUUCAUCGUCUUCUACUUUUGCAUUGUUCAUGCAUCUUAUGGAUUAAUUGUCGAUGAAAAUUCUGGAUCAGUUGCAUCAACUAACCCUACUCUUGCUGAAGAACAAGCAUUUAUUAAGCUUUUCGGAAGUAAAGAUCCAGAUGAAGCAGCGACUUGUGGACAACUGAUUGAGUCUCGAGGGUUUGAAUACGAGGUUCAUUAUGUGACAACAGAAGAUGGUUAUAUCCUCCAAAAUUUCCGCAUCAUCAAUCGUUAUGCCAGAGAAUCUCGAAAAAAUCUUAAACCCGUUUUGUUAUUGCAUGCACUAUUUACAUCAUGUUCCGCCUGGAUGUUCAAUUCACCCGGUGGACACAUAAAGCCAUGGAUAAAUGGUCAUUCACCAAAUGACACUUCAGCUGAACUUGCUUUCUUGUUGGCUAACUUGGGUUUCGAUGUUUGGUUGAUUAAUGUUCGGGGAACAUCUUAUUCAACUAAUCACACGCACCUUGACCCUGAAGAUCCUCAAUUUUGGGAUUACAGUUUCUACGAAAUCGGAAUUUACGAUGUUACAGCAACAGUUGAAUACAUCAAAAAGGAAACUGGAUUUGAGACAAUUAUCGUUGUUGGAUUUUCUCAAGGAACAAUCCAGUUGCUUAUUCAAAUGUCAGCAAUACCAGGAUAUGACAAGAACUACGAUCUUGUUAUAUUACUUGAACCCAUUGGAUUCCUUGGUGAUAAAAGUGGAACGGUCGGCGCAAUACCAAUUCCUUUGUUUAAACAAUAUUUUAGUUCGCAUAAUGGCCCUUUUCCGCCAAUGUCAGAAUUAGCUUUUGCCGCUCUUGAUGUGCUUUGUGAGAAGCCGAUUCUAACUCCUAUUUGUACCUCACUCCUCGGUGGAAUAUUUGGUUUUGAUUCGCAGCAACUAAAUGCAUCAAGAAUCUAUGUUUAUGCAGGCUUACUUGAUCGAACCUCAAACAAGAAUUUGCUCCAUUUUCUUCAAUUUAUUGAAAGCGAUCACCUUCGUUACUUUGAUUAUGGAGAGGACAAGAACUACGAACUUUAUGGAUCUGCUGAACCUCCUGAGUUUCCGUUUCACAAGAUUAAUCCAAAGAAAUUGGUAUUCAUAAGUGGAUUGAAUGAUCAAUUGGCAACUCCAAUAAAUGUACAAAAUCUUAGGAAUAGUCUUUGUGACAGGGUUGAUACUGAUCAUGUCAUCACAGACCCGUAUUUCAAUCAUGGAGACAUUGUCAUUGCAAAAGACGCCUUUCCAUAUGUAAAUGAUGUUGUCAGCCGAUUAAUCGAAGAGAAAAUGCUUCAUGAUGAACUAUUGCAAUUAGUCCUAAUCAAAAUGAAUUACUGGAUACAUUCGGCAGUAGUUUUACUAGCAAUUCAAUUAGUUUUGUUAACCAAUUCAACUUUAGUCAAGUUGAUUGGACGUGAAACUGCUCUUGAAGCCCAACCUGAGAACCAAGUAUUUGCUCGACAACAAUUACUAUUAGAGCCUUUUGAGCAGUCUGGUGAUGUUGCUUUAACUUGUGGCCAGUUUAUCGCUUCUCGCGGUUUUGAUUAUGAGGUUCACUUCGUUACAACUGAAGAUGGUUACAUCUUGAAAAACUAUCGCUUGUGGAGCAAGUACGCUAAGCAAGCAUUGAAUGGUCGACUCAAGCCUAUCCUAUUGAUCCAUGGACUUUUUUAUUCUGCUUCAAUUUGGUUAAUGAAUUCACCCGAUGGCAACAUUUUACCUUGGAAUAGCACAAGUCCGCCUGACGAUAGAUCAAACAGUUUGGCUUUUCAUUUGGCCAAUAAAGGUUAUGAUGUUUGGUUGUUGAACAACAGAGGAACUUCUUACUCUAGAAAUCACACCGAAUACGAUACAAGAUCAGAUUCGAAAUUUUGGGACUUUUCAUUCUAUGAAAUGGGAAUUUACGAUUUGCCUGCAACAACUGAAUACAUCAAGAAAGUCACUGGUUAUGAAAAAAUUGUUCUUCUUGGCUAUUCUCGAGGAACUCUUCAAACCUUUAUUAAACUAUCGCUUGAUCCAUCUUAUUCACAAAAUUACGAUCUGGUCAUAAUGGCUGCUCCAAUUGCUUACCUUGGAAAUACCAAAGGACUUGUGACUUUGUUUCCUCGCGAGGCCAUAUUCUAUCGUCCAUUGCACAUAUUGAAUCGACUUUCCUUACCACCUCGACUAGCAACAUUUGACUCUAUUCUAACCGUACUUUGCAGUUCACCAUCUAACUAUCACUUGUGCAGUAACCUGAUGGGUCUUGCAUUGGGUCCUGAUGAUGGUCAGCUCAACUAUACUCGAAUACCCGUUUACUUGAGUCAAAUAGACAAAACUUCAAUCAAAGAUUUACUUCACUUUUUACAAACCAUGAACUAUGAUCAAGCUCGUCUUUACGACUAUGGAAUGGUUGAAAACUUAGUACGAUAUGGCAAACGAGAACCACCUCGAAUUCCCUUCGAAAAUAUACCCACCGACAAUUUAGUUUUGAUUAGUGGGUUAAAUGAUUAUUUAUCUACACCGGUUGGCAUUGAAAAGCUGAGGCACAAAUUGAAGGGUAAACCUUUGGUUGAUCAUGUAAUAACUUUUCCUUCGUGGAAUCAUCUUGAUUUUACUACUGCUGUUGACUGUUAUAAAUACUUUGUAAGUGUCGUUGACGAUAUUUUGAAUACACAUUUACCUUUAAAAGUAUAAUAACGUUGUUUUUUAAUGUUUAACAUUGAUGUAAAUCGUUAUAAAUUAUUGCUUCCAUUGGAAUAAAAGAGAAACAAAUUGAUCAGAAAAUAAAUGGUUUAUUCAAUUCA